AAGAAAACCCAAAACUCUUCUCUUGCUUUGCUUUUCAUCAAAGUGCUUUCUGUCUUCCUCAUUCAUCUCAUGCACAUUCCCCACUUCAAACCAACCUCAAAGAAAGAACUCUUACCCCUCACACACACAUCUCAUGUUUCUCCCCUGCUUUGCAUCUCACACUUCCCAAAAAUGAAAACAUGAAAAAAUGACAAUUAAUUCCAUGUGCCUAAUCAUGUGUUAAAAGACCCAAAACUUAGAGAAUCUAUGCAGAAAUUCAGGAGUCAAGCAUCCGGCAUCGAAUCCCAAUACAUGUUUCAGAAGCGGGAUUAGUCCUGAACGACGGUUUUGAUUGGCCAUGGCUUCCUUUGAUAACCGACAGACAUGGGUACCUUAUGAAAUUAACAAGGACUGCUCGCAAGGCUUUUGUACUCCAUAUUGCCCCCAAUGGUGCUACAUCGUCUUCCCUCCUCCCCCGCCAUUUGGAUUCCCGAGCGAAGAAGAUUCCCAUGCAAAUUUCUCUCCUCUCGUGAUCGCCAUCAUCGGAAUUUUGGCAAGUGCCUUCCUUCUCAUCAUCUACUAUACGCUCAUUUCCAAGUAUUGCGUGAAUUUCGACUGGCUGAGGAGGAGAUCGCAAAGCAACCCAGUUGAAGAAUUCGAUGAGAUUGAAAACCCUCCACAGCACUACGAGCCGUGGCAUAUCAUGACGGUUGGCCUAGAAGAGACCAUUAUCAAGUCCAUCACCAUUUGUAAAUACAAGAAGGGAGAUGGGUUGAUUGAGGGGACAGAUUGUUCGGUGUGUCUGAACGAGUUUCAAGAAGACGAGCGGCUGAAGCUUCUACCCAAGUGUAGCCAUGCUUUCCACCUCCACUGCAUCGAUACAUGGUUGAAAUCUCACUCGAAUUGCCCUCUGUGUCGUGCGAGUAUUGUCUCUACCAGUCCUCCGCCGCCUCAAUUUCCACCGCCGGUGCCAGAAAGCCUUCCCGAUAAUGGGCCUCUGACAGAAAGCCGGCACAGCAAUGACAUGGUUGUGGCUGUCGAAGAUUUACAUAGGGGUGGAGAAGAGCUUAGCUUGUCAGAAGGUGCAAUCUCAAAGACCCCUCUCCGAGCUCUCAGCGAUUUGGGAUGCUUGGAAAAGAGAGACGCCAUAAUUGAGAUUGGAGAUGAGGAAAUUCUACAGAUUAGGAGAUCAUUUUCAAUGGACUCACUGAAUCAAGGUCACGUUUCCAUCGGUGACCUGUUACGCACAAACGCGGAGGACGGUUUUCAGGCAAAGGAUCCGCCAUUUCCCGCUCAUCUCCGACAGUUGAAACGGUUAUGGGGAGAACACAUCAAGUUUAAUUAUAGAAGAAGGGUGUUGCAUUCAGUCAUGACUCCCCUUGCAAUGAAAAGAUCCUACUCAAGUGGGAGGCUUUUGUUCAAUUGGCAUGGAAGAGGAAGGGUUGCAGCCAUUCCCAUAUGAAGCUGAUCUUAACAAAAUAACAGUCCUUCUGUAAGUAGAAGUGUAAUCAAGAGAGCUUGUGAUAUUCAAAUGGGAGAGAGAUACUGAAUCAGUGGGACUUGUGUUCUUAUAUAAUGGCUUUUGGAGUGAGGAAAUUCUCUUCUACAAUGCAAGGUAAGGGCUCCCUCCGAUCUCUUUUAAUUUUGGUCUCUUUGGCAUGGCUUUUGUGAUUGCAUGGUAUUUGAAUUCUUGGGCUUCAAUGAGUUUUACUUCUCUUUCUCUUUGCACAUUUUUUUGGAAUGCAAACUAGUAAAUUCACGGUUUGGAUGAUCAUGAAGCCAUUUUUACUAGAUGUGUAGACGCGUUUCUUAAUUGUCAGUGUCC